UCACGCUUUCCAAAUCCACGCGUGAACAACUUUUGCAUGCUCUCAAAUUUCAGAACCCGAGGGGCUUAAAAGCCUUCAGCUUUCUGACCUUUUCUUCAUUACAAACCCUUCUGUAGGGAGGAGCCUCAAUUAAUUGUAUUAAAUACUGAUACAUAAAAGUACUUUUCUCCAGUAUUUUGUCACCAACCAACCAGUUUCGCCAUUGUUGAAAAGCCUAAGCUCAAACUCCUAGUGGUAGCUAUGUCAAUGGUGGAGGUCAGAGUUCCAAAUCUGGACUGUGAAGGCUGUGCUUCCAAGUUGAAGAAAGCCCUCUUCAAGCUCAAAGGAGUUGAAGAAGUAGAGAUAAAAAUGGAGAUGCAAAAGAUUACGGUGAGAGGGUUUGGACUGGAGGAAAGGAAGGUGCUGAAAGCCAUUAAACGAGCUGGAAAAGCAGCAGAGCCAUGGCCAUUUCCUGGAUACUCUCAUUUUGCUUCAUUUUACAAGUAUCCAAGCUACAUUGUGAACUAUUAUUAUGAUAAACAAGGAACCAGUAAUGGCGCACAUACGUUCUUCCACACUCCUGCGGUUUACUCAAUUGCUGUGGCAUCUGAUGAAACUGUUGCCUCAUUGUUCAGCGAUGACAAUCCCCAUGCCUGCAUUAUCAUGUGACUGGGCAAUGCUAUAAACCUAAACUUUUGAGUAUAUAAUUCGAUACAUAGCUUAUAUAUAAUUAUAUGAUUAAGUAUUUUUUUAUUCCUCAAUUUAAAAUCAUUUAAUCAUAUAAUGAAUUAUAAUCUAUGUACUUAAUUGUCUAUUCAAAAGUGUUUAUGCAUGAUUUUAUUGUAUGUGAUUUUCACCAUGAAAUUUCUGAUCUUUGAGUCUCAUGCUUCUCUGUAAGUGCUAAAAAACUUUAAUUCAUGUUAGUUAAUAAUUAGUAAUUGUGGUUUUGGUUCA